UAGUAAAUCUCAGACUCUUUGCUUUGGCUCUCUUCUUUGAAGUUUCGCCGUUUUGGAGGGAUGAUGCAUGUUCGCAUCGCGGUGAUUGGGAGAGAGCACGGGGGCAAUGAUGUGAGUGAUUAUAUUUUGAUUGCAUUGCUCACUGUGGUUGGUUGUACGGCAUUGCUCACUUAGUACAAUAACCGGCGCGUCGUCUGCUAGUCUGCUGAAACAGUAAUUUUUUGUAUGCCGUGUUCUUCGUUUGUUGUCGUUUGUUUUGUUCCCUCUCUAUCGCUAUCUUCGCUUCAAGUUCGCUACCACCGCACCGCCGCUCACGUAUUCGUAUUCAGCUUUAGAUGGUAAUUUGCCAGGCCAGGGAAACCUCAGUGAGAGUGCUUUUACAUUCAGUGUUGUCGCUGAAGCUUAUAACAAGCGUAGUUCUUGUGGAGAUUUUAUUGCCGUCAGUUCGCGAUCUUGUUUUGCCGUCGCUAUUGACUUCAUCAUGACAAAUCAAAUUUCAAUAGAAUACUUUCUGCUGCAACGGAUAAAGCAAUUGUUCGCUUCUCAUGUUUUUAAAUAAUUUGUCUUUAAGAGAUGUUUUAAAGACAUGAACACCUAAAAUGUUGUACCAUCAAAUAUAAAGUACAAACAAAAAAAUAACAAAAAAUAUAUAGAAAACAAAUAAGCCGCAAAAAUAAACAAAAACCAGUGUUGUAAAUAAUAAUCUCUGAUACAUGAUUACAUGACAAAAAUAAUGUUAUUUAUUUUGUCUGUCUUUAAAUAAUAUGAGGAAAUAUUUAACACAGCUCUGUGUUGAAUCAUGCGUGAUUGAGCUCUGGAGAAAUACAAAUAAUUAAACAUUGCCGAUUGUUUAAUAAUGCCAAGACCCUCACGUGAAUCAUACGGCGAUCAGAAGCCUCCAUAUUCAUAUAUAUCACUAACUGCUAUGGCCAUUUGGAGCUCACCGGAGAAAAUGUUACCUCUCAGCGAUAUAUAUAAGUUCAUAACAGACCGCUUUCCGUACUAUCGAAAGAACACUCAGCGGUGGCAGAACUCUUUGCGACACAAUUUGAGUUUUAACGAUUGCUUCAUAAAAGUUCCGCGACGGCCAGACAGGCCCGGGAAAGGUGCCUACUGGGCGUUACAUCCUCAAGCAUUUGACAUGUUUGAAAACGGCAGUCUACUACGACGGAGAAAGCGAUUUAAAUUGCAUAAAAAUGAUAAGGACAUACUGAAUGAAGAGUUGACCGCACUGGCGAACCUAAAUCGAUUUUUCUUUACAAAUCGCAAUGGAAGUGUAUCGCAUAUGACGUCGCUAGACGGCAACAAUGCAUCCAUGAGCCUUGACUCGACUCUGCAUUAUCCGAGAGUAGCAAAUCAAUUAUCAACGCCUUUAGCUCAAGAUAUAGCACUGUCCAAUUUGCCCUUGAUAACUAGUCCAGACAGUGAAGGUCCGAUAAGUUUACGACCGAAGCGUUCCUUUACGAUAGAGAGUCUAAUUACUCCCGACAAACCUGAGCACCACUCGGAGGAGGAAGACGAGGAUGAUGACCGAACUGAUAUAGAUGUAGUGGAGUGUAGUGGAAUUUUCAGAUAUCCGCCAACAUCUUCGUCCGACGAAUAUAUGGCGAUGAGUCGAAUAAACCACACUGAAGAUCAGCGAGAACGACCGCUACCGCCGUUACACACUAUAAAUGCGGGAAACGUACCGUUUCUUCAUUAUGCCGCAGGAGCCAAUGUAUCAGGACUGAGCUCGGGAAAUCUCCAAUCCUCGGGAAUCCCCAGCACCACAUAUGAACUAGCUAUUUCCCAUCCACUGUUUAUGAUGGCAACGGCACCCCUGGCCAAUAUGCACAAUAUCUAUUAUAAUAACGUUACUCUGGUGGCCCCGUCACAACAAUAUCUUACACCGGAAGCCCAAAAUAGAAUAGACAAUGAUUUGCGUACUAUAUAAAUAGAUCAAACUAGAAUAUUGCUGUACAGAAUUAUUUAUGAAGAUAUGUAAAUUCAUCCAAACUUUGUUCCUUUUUUUUAUUAAGGUUAAUUGAUAAAUAGGACCAAAACAUGGCAUAGUUGUAGUUAGUAUGUAUCAACGCCUAAUACACAAUUUUUAUCACAUACCGUAUGCAUAAGCUAUUUAUUUUAUUUGUAUUAGAUUCUAUACAUAAGUCGAUAAUUAUCUGAAGAAUAUUAAAUUUAAAAUACCAGAAGAAACAAGUUGUUGUAAUAAAUGCAUUUUUAGCCAACGUUAUAAUUGCAAGAUAGUCGUUACGUUGGAUUAUUUUAAUAAAU